AUGGCGAAGGUGAACCAGGUUUGGAAAGAAUUAAAUGCCAAAAUGACGGCCAAAAGAACAAGAAAUCCUAGCGGACGCAAUAAAAACCAAAAAGGAACGGCCAGUGAGCUGAUUGUUCAACGACUAACCGCCGAACCUGACAACAAACAAACUUUCCGUCCGGUUCAACCACGUGAGUUCGUCGAGUUUGAAUACGACGAAUUGACUUUGGACAAUUUGAAGCAAGCUUGUGCAACACACUUUGGUCUUCCGGUAAAGACCUGUGACAUUCUGGUCUCGAACAAGGGUCCUUCGUGCAAAAAUAUUAAUCAGAUACCUCAUCGAAAAGAUAAAGUAAGGCCAGGAAAAUCAAUGUUUGUAUUUAAUAUUCAAAUGGCAGAUUGCACAGGGGGGGGGGGUUGAGGACAUCUUUUUACCAGCUAAAUUGUGACUCCCUGGAAUUCGGUUUAUAUACCCCCUUCCCUGGAAUUUCCUGGGAAUUCAUUGCCAGAUACACCUGGAAAAUGACUUUAAUUGCAGACCAUCUCCUGGAUUUUGGUCUCUAAUCACCCCACCCCCUGGAUUUCUGCUGUCUUUUCACCCCUCCCCUUUGAUUUUCCAAGGCCUUUUUUACACCCCCCUCCCCUGGAUUUUCCAGUGUCCUCAACCCCCAUGUGCAGAUAAUAAAUGCAAUCUGCCAAUAUGCAAUUAAUUUCAAUACAAUAGACCCCUUAUUCUGUUUCCAUAAAUGAUAUUAGGUUAUGUACAGCAAGGCUCUGAUAAACAUUUCCAGCCUGUGGAAUUAUAAGAUCUAAAUCAGGGGUUAGGUCAGGUUAAAGUUGGGAGUAGGGUUUAGGUUAUUUCCAACCAACAUAUGUACUAUACGAGCCCGCUGUUUUUACUAGCUAGACAACAAUACAAACUAAAACUGCAGUUAUAACAUUUUUAAUUUCAAAUUUGAAAAACAGUUGCAUUCAACAGUUACUUCCCUUUUCCCAAAUGUAAGGCCUGGCAAUGUUAGCAAUGUUUGGGUAACACGAUGUUCUAAUUGCCCAGGUAUCUGACAGGUACACUGUACAGGUUAAUAUAAAUUUAUAACUUUAAUUAAGCAUGGAAUUUGUUUAGGUAUACCUUGUUUGUUUUGUGGUAGAUCUUGAACAAGAAGAUGAAACAGUAAAUCUCUCAAGUAGUAAAAGCGAUGAACUUCCUCGUCAAAGCGUGCUAAAAGUGCAGAAUGCAUUGCAUCACCCAAAAAAGUGGAAACACAAAGCUAUCCAGCAUCUGUUUCCAUUGAUCAACUUAUGAAGGCAGGCAAAUUCAUCAAGCCAGUCCCCAAGACAUAGACAGUGCUGAAUUUAGAGUCUUUUGAUGUUGCACAGAAGGAGUGGGUACCUGAAAAACCGGUUACUGUUUUCAUCGAUCAGGAGAAAUUUGCUUCAGGUGCAUUUCGAGAUGCCUAUAAAGGGAUGCCAGAAGGUGGUGCCAGUCAAAAGAAAUGGGUUAUCAAAAAUAUAAUGAGAAAGCCAGGACCACAAUUGUAA